AUGCUGAAACAAAUCCAGGUAAAUAUCCCAUUGAUAGAUGCUUUGAAAGAGAUGUCUAGAUAUGCAAAAAUGAUGAAAGACUUGAUGUCCCGAAAAUUCGAUUUCCAAGACCUGGCCACAAUGACUCUUACUCAGACCUGCAGUGCAGUGGUGACUAGACCAAUUACUGAGAAGCUGUCUGAUCCAGGGAGUUUCACAAUUUCUUGCACCAUUGGUAAUUUUGCUUUUGCUAAGGCACUUUGUGAUCUAGGGACUAGCAUAAAUCUUAUGCCCCUGGCGAUUUAUAAGAGGAUGGAGAUUGGAAGAGCUAGACCUACUUCCACGUUGUUGCAGCUGGCUGACAGGACUGUGGCUGAAGAAAUUUUCAGAAUUUUGGGAAGGCUGUUCUUAGCCACUGGGAGAGCUCUCAUUGAUUGUGAGACUGGGGAGCUCAAGAUGAGAUUGAAUGAUGAAGACAUAACAUUUGUAGACAUGUGA